UUUGUUCUGUAUGAUUCCAUGGAUAUUUAGAUUGCUCCAAUGGAAGAUGAGAUUUGCACUAAGCCUAACUAUCAUUGAUUAUUGAAUAUUAUAGCAUUGUGAGUUUGUUCUUUUUAAUGUAUGCAUUUUGUCGGUGAGUCGUGACUUGUUGGUUAACUAACUUAAAUUGAAAUUAUAAAAGUCAUCGGUUCAAAUCUCACUUGCGUAUAUGUGUAAGGGCGAGGUGGGUUAUGCAGUUAAGUACUCAGGUGUUAUCGUCACUCAAAUAGGCGGCUAUAUAAUAAUAGUAUGUUAUAGUAAUUUAGUUCUGAUAAUCCAUACUUCUUAGUUCUAUAUACCUCCAGCCCUCUAAGUUUAAUUACCUCAUCAUAUGCAUACAAUCUGGUUUUGUUCAGUGGAGCUGAGGAAUGUCAUCACUUGGAUCGAGUUAUUGUGCAAAAUGGUUCUGAUGAGGAACUUGAUGAACCAAAUAGCAAACAUGGGUAGCCAAGACACAUUGCACCAAUUUUGGAACUCAUCACUUAAAGCCAUGAAUCAAACUCAAGAUUCAAGUGCUGGAGUUGGAUACCAUACUGGAAGUGAUGGCUUAAGCUUCAUAGAGAAUCUGCUCAUGUUGUUAGACAACUCAUCUCCACCAACAUGGUUUCUUUUGCUCUGUAAAUGGUGCCAUCUUUGCCAGGCCAAGUAUGAAUCACAUGUUGAAUUGGGUGAAAGAAUACCACAGAUGGUAGGAACUGGUCAGAUCAGGUUGACCAAACUCAUAUUGAUGCCAGACGGUGACUGCACAUGGCAAAGCAAGAACUGCAGCUUAGAUCGUCUUCCACAUAGAACCUCUCUGUGUAAUCUCUGGUCUUAUGAUGGAUUUUUAUUAGGUGUCAUUCAUGGUGAUGAUCAUGAUCAUCAAUGUUCUUAGGAUCUCUCAGUCCUAUAUAUGACCUUGUAGCUACUGAGAAGAGUUCCCCUUUGCAACUUCAAGUCAUUUGUGGUCAUUCUUGACCACACUGCUACUGUCUGCCCCUAUUGUCCUGAUGAUCACAGAUAUCAGAAACAAUAUGAUGGGAAGACUUUCAUACAUGUCAAUUUUAUAGCUUUUGUUGUUGUGAGCAAGAAUCUCUUUGAUAUGGUGCUCCAAUUUGCUUUGUAUUGUGUAUUUUUUGCAAUUUAGAGAGAGAUUUUUCUUUUCAGUUCUGAGUUUCCCUUCACUUCUGUAUUAGUGUAUUACUGAAGCAGUGAGGCGUGUACUAUCAAUAAUUCUCUCAACCUCAGUUGAUCAUUCAAAGUAUAUUUAC